AUGAAGCUUCUUGGUGUGCCCGAGCGCUCACUCAACGUCCUUGUCGUCGGCUCCGGCGGCCGCGAGCACGCCCUGGUCCACGCCAUCUCCACCUCCUCGUACGUCUCCACUCUCUACGCCGCCCCGGGCAACGUCGGCAUGGACGCGCUUUGCACAUGCGUCCCCUCCGUCGCCGCUGAUGACGUCGACGCCAUUGUCUCCCUCGCCCGCAAACACAACAUCUCCCUCGUGGUCAUCGGCCCCGAAGUCCCGCUCGUCCUCGGCCUCGUCGAUCGUCUCCAAGAACAAGAGAUUCUCGCUUUUGGCCCCACUAUGGAAGCUGCCGUCCUGGAGGGAUCCAAGGUCUUUACCAAGGCCUUUUUGGAACGUCAUCAUAUUCCCACCGCAUGGUACAAGCCUUUUGCGGACCCCAGCGCUGCCAAGGCCUUUAUCAGGGAGAAGGGCGUCCCGAUCGUCGUCAAGGCUGACGGACUCGCCGCUGGGAAAGGUGUCAUGUUAGCAAAGACACUCGCAGAGGCCGAUGACGCCGUGGAUAGGAUUCUGGUUGAGGGGGAGUUCGGGAGCGCAGGGGCCCAGGUGGUUGUAGAGGAGUUUCUAGUUGGGGAGGAAGUCAGCUUCUUCGCGCUCUUGGACGGGGAGACGGCUUUGCCACUCGUGUCGGCCCAGGAUCACAAAGCGGCAUACGAUGGGGAUACAGGGCCGAACACGGGAGGCAUGGGGGCUUACUCCCCUGCUCCAGUAUGUGAUCUAGCACUCAGGGAACAAAUCAUGAAUCGCGUUGUGUUACCGACUAUGCGUGGGAUGAAGGAGGAGCAGCGUGAAUUCCGCGGGAUUUUGUAUUGUGGCAUGAUGGUCAAUCCGGAAACUAAGGAGGCCAAAGUUCUCGAGUUUAACGUCCGUUUUGGCGAUCCGGAAUGUCAGGUUUUGUGCAAACGAAUGAACACGGACAUGCUUGAAUUGCUAUAUCGCACAGCAAAAGGUACGCUGGGGAGAGAUGGGUUCAAACUAGAAUGGGACCCGCUGUCGGCAGUCAUUGUCGUGCUUGCUACGAAGGGAUACCCCGGCAAGUACGACAAAGGAAGUACCAUCCGAAACUUGGACGCAGCAAACAGCAUUGAUGGCGUUACUGUCUACCAUGCUGGCACUGCAAAAAAUGAAGGGGGCGAUUAUGUGUCGGCAGGAGGAAGGGUUCUCGGCGUCACUGCGACUGGUACAUCGAUUGGCGAUGCCCAGCGUGUGGCGUACGAAGGAGUGGAUGUCAUAGACUGGUCAGAAGGGUUUUGCCGAAGAGAUAUAGGUUGGCGUGCUAUCGCACGUGAAACGGAAAGAGUUAGCUCAAAAGUGACGAAGGAAUGA